GUGAGGUAAAGCAAAAUCAAAGCUUUCAGAUCUUGAACAAGAACCCAAUCUCUCUCUCCGCCUACUACUACGAAAAAUAUGACUUUUACUAUUCCGAUUGAUAAUGGAGAUUCCGUGAAGAACGCAGAAGCUGAUUCACAAAGAACACUGUACCCAUAUGUCACUGGGACAUCGAUUGUCGCAAUCAAGUACAAAGAUGGGGUUCUAAUGGCUUCCGACAUGGGUGGUUCAUAUGGAUCCACGUUAAGAUACAAAAACAUUGAGAGAAUGAAGGCUAUUGGUAAGCAUUCACUUCUCGGUGCCAGCGGAGAAAUCAGCGACUUUCAGGAGAUUCUUCGUUAUCUUGAUGAGCUCGUCUUGAAUGAUAACAUGUGGGAUGAUGGUAACUCUUUGGGACCAAAAGAGGUUCACAACUAUCUGACACGUGUCAUGUACAACCGUCGCAACAAGUUUAACCCUCUCUGGAACACUCUCGUCCUUGGAGGCGUCAAAAAGGGCGAAAGUUACCUUGGCAUGGUGUCAAUGAUUGGUGUUAGUUUCGAGGACAAUCAUGUUGCAACUGGAUUUGGAAACCACCUAGCUAGGCCAAUUCUUCGUGAUGAGUGGCAUGCGGAUCUGAGCUUCGAAGAAGGCGUGAAGCUCCUUGAGAAAUGUAUGCGUGUGCUUCUUUACCGUGACAGAUCUGCUAUUAACAAGCUUCAGAUAGCGAAGAUAACGGAGGAAGGGGUGACUGUCUCUCAGCCCUACUCAUUGAAGACUUUUUGGGAGUUCCAGGCUUUCCACAACCCAACUGCUGGUGCUCAAGGCUCCUGGUAAGAAGCCUAAUCAGCCUCAUAUUGUCUUGAGAUCAAGCUGCCUAUUUCAUGUGAUGUUAAAAUACUCUUGUACUGUAAUGGAUUUUCAUGGCAACUGUGGUUUUCUCAAUGAAAAUUUAUGGAUAUUUCUGAAGAUAUCUGAUAGUUGCAUCUCUU